GCCCGUCACCCCUCCCAGCUGAGCUCUCAGUCUGUCGUAGCAUUCAAAUCUCUCUCUCUCUCUCUCUCUCUCUAGAGCGCGAGGCGAGCCAUGGCGGAGCUGCCCCUGGCGGCGAGGCUGCUGGACCUGCGCCCCUGCAAGCUCGCCCCGAAGCCGCCGCCCCCGCCGCCGCCACCCCUCCCCGCGCGACGCCGCACACACGCAACCGCCGCGUCGGCGGCGGCGCGACGCGCCGUGCCCGAGCACUACUCCACCACCGAGCUGGCGGACGGGAGCAUCGUCUUCCGGUUCGGUCACCCGCCCGAGGUGCUGGAGCCGGAGCCGGCGAGACAUGUUCUUCAAGCGGCCGCAGAGUUCGUACCCGGCGCCGCCGUGGCUGACGGGGAAGCGGAGCUAGAGCCAGAGCAGGCCGUAACCAGGGCGGGAUUGGGCGCGCCGGCUGGGGUCGAGGAACCGCGCCCGUACUCCGCAGCGCAGGACACGCUGACGCCUCCCCCUCCGGACGCCGGUUUCCAAGUGGACACCAGUGGCCAAAUCGAUGCCGCACUCGCCGCGAGUGAGGAGGCGCCAAAACAGGCGGUGGGUACCAAUGCCGGUAUCGAGGCGGAAGCCGGGAUGUCCACCGCGGGGGCGCUUGCCGGGUCUGAAUCUGAGUCUGCGCCCGAAGGCGACGGCGUCGCAAUUGAGGUUGGUGUGCCGACCAGUGGCGCUGCCGUGGAGUCGACGGGGACGGGUUCGGAGGAGCGCCAGGGGAGGGAGGACGCCUCAGCCGUUGAUGUGAGUGGCGGCGAGGAGGCGACGGGGACGGCCGGUAUGGAGAACUCUGAGGAGGCGUCGGAAGGCUCCACCGCGCAGGAUUUCGACACCGACGUGGAGACGGAGUCGAGCGGCUCCAGCGUCGACGAGCAGGGGGCCGUUUUCGGGGCCCCCCUCCCAACAGUGGAACAAGUUAGCAACAAAGUGGAUUGGAAAAAGGACACUUCAGACGUGAAGAGUUCUGAUAGGAUGGUUCCAAUAGCCCAAUCAACACUUGUGUUGUCAUCUGGUGCUGCGAUCUUGCCUCAUCCUUCAAAGGUAGCAACAGGUGGAGAAGAUGCAUAUUUUAUUUCAUGCAAUGGCUGGUUUGGUGUGGCAGAUGGAGUUGGCCAGUGGUCAUUUGAAGGAAUCAACGCUGGGCUUUAUGCAUGUGAACUAAUGGAUGGUUGUAAAAAGUUCAUUACGGAGUAUCAAGGAGCUGCAGAUCUUAGACCUGAGCAAGUUCUUUCAAAGGCAGCAGAAGAAGCACACUCUCCGGGUUCUUCCACUGUUUUGAUUGCUCACUUUGAUGGGCAGGUCCUUCAAGCAUCAAAUAUUGGAGACUCCGGGUUUCUGGUGAUAAGAAAUGGAGAAGUGUAUGAAAAAUCGAAACCAAUGGUAUAUGGUUUCAAUUUUCCGCUACAAAUUGAGAAAGGAGACGAUCCCUUGAAACUUGUACAGAAUUAUACUAUUGAUCUAGAUGAAGGUGAUGUUAUCGUAACAGCAACCGAUGGUCUUUUUGAUAAUGUCUAUGAGCAAGAAGCAGCUGCCAUUAUCUCAAAAUCGUUGCAGGCAGAUCUAAAACCAGCGGAGAUCGCCGAGCACUUGGCUGCCAGGGCCCAGGAAGUGGGGAGGUCUGGAGCAGGGAGAAGCCCGUUUUCAGAUGCUGCUCUCUCAUUUGGGUACCUUGGUUUCAGUGGGGGCAAACUGGAUGACAUAGCCGUCAUUGUAUCAAUCGUCCGGACAUCUGAAAUAUAAGUUAUACAAGAUUCACUGAUGCAGAGAAGCUCUCAUGUUUGGUUGAAGCUAUACUCCAGGCGAGCCGGCCAUCUUUAUAUUGUACAACAAGAUGUUCAGCUGCGCAUUCGUGGUGGUUUCCCCCCAAAAAAUGGCAAGUAUACAUGAGCAUUGAACACCAUGGUUGAUCAGCAGUAGCCAACGACCAACAGUGCCGUGAGCGAAGCUCCUCCCUGUUAUCGUUCAAGCGUCUAGACGCUGUAUUGUGGUUUUUGGUUUGGCUAAUGGCUAUUGAGAUAUAGCGCCAUUUAGAUGGAGUGUUGUGAUCCUAGUCUUAAGCUGUAAACCAAUGUCAGAAGGAUGUCAUGUAUGGAAGACAACAGUGCAUAGGAUUGAACAACAUUGAUUGAAACUUACGAAGUUAAAAUUA